UCCCUUGGUUCCACCAUGUCUACUAGAAUCAUUACUGAUCCAAAAGGAGAAAGAGCAGACGCAUUGAGGGAAUGGGUCAAAAAUCGCACCGACCGGCUGAGUGACAGGCAAGCAAGGGUAUUGGAUGUCAGGAACCCUACGAAAGAGAAGGUGAUCAUCACACUGGACUCCCUGAAGCUAAAAAGGCCUUACAACACCUUGCAAGAGCAACGCCAUUGGCUCAGGGUUACAAUACCCAACCCUCAAAUGAGCACGAUCAAUGCAUACCUGGGGUGCUCUGCUUGUGGACGGCGUGGAGACAUUCCAGCAGGGACAUCCUACACUUGCACCAGAUGUAAGGCAGAUACCGUGUCUACUCCAAAGAUUACCUACAAUUUCGUGGCAUCUGAUGGGACUGGCACAAUGGAAUGCACCUCGUUCACUGAAGAUUCUGAAAAGUUGUUCAGGAUGACGGCUGCAGACACGUUCAGGAUGAAGAACAGCAAUGAUGCAGCGACCUUUGAACAGCUCCAGGAAAUGCUCAAGUCCAACCACUUUCUGCUGGAAGUCGGUCCAACAAUGGGUCUUUCAAAGAACGGCGUGCUUGAAUGGUGCUUGAAAUCGAUUGAUUUGGAAUCUGGGGAGGCCCAAGCAGAAAAUGUUGAGCAUCACUUUGCUGAUCAGCAGGCUGAACAGGGUCCGAGUGCCAGCCAGGUGCUUGCACAAGCAACGAUUGCUAGGCAGCAGCUUGAACAACCAACGCUUCGUAGGAAGAACCCUGAGCAAGCAAUGGUUACUGGGAAGCAGCCAGAGCAAGGAGCCAUUCCUCAAAAGAAACUGAAGCAGGCCCAAGCAGAAAAUGUUGAGCAUCGCUUUGCUGAUCAGCAGGCUGAACAGGGUCCGAGUGCCAGCCAGGUGCUUGCACAAGCAACGAUUGCUAGGCAGCAGCUUGAACAACCAACGCUUCGUAGGAAGAACCCUGAGCAAGCAAUGGUUACUGGGAAGCAGCCAGAGCAAGGAGCCAUUCCUCAAAAGAAACUGAAGCAGGCCCAAGCAGAAAAUGUUGAGCAUCACUUUGCUGAUCAGCAGGCUGAACAGGGUCCGAGUGCCAGCCAGGUGCUUGCACAAGCAACAAUUGCUAGGCAGCAGCUUGAACAACCAACACUUCGUAGGAAGAACCCUGAGCAAGCAAUGGUUACUGGGAAGCAGCCAGAGCAAGGAGCCAUUCCUCAAAAGAAACUGAAGCAGGAAUUCAUAGCUGAGCUCCAUGCUGCACAGGGGAGUAUUGCAAGACAAUCAGACGAAGAGGAGGAUGACUCCUCUGGUAAGUAAUUCAAGUGCAUCAUUAGUUGUCCCUUUUGCUUAGGAUGAAGAAGCCAGAUCCUCUGGUAUGUAAUUCAAGUCAAUCAGUCAUCCACCCUUUUGCUUAGCUAAGAUUAAUGUCUUGUAAAAUAAUUAGUAUUGUAGUUGAUCUACCUUGGAAACUUGUAAGAUAUAGGUAGUCUCUACUUAGCCUGGAAUCAACGAGUCCUACACUUCAUGCCAACAGAAAUAGCUUCUGUUGCGAUCGUAUAGAAGGUGGGAAUGAAGCCUCACUAUCUAGAACCCCUUACAUAUUUUGUAAUAUAAACAUAAGAACUCUUGUUCUAUUCUAACUCGGGCACUAUGCCGAGUACCUUAUAUUCUAAUUUGCACGAGUGCUUUGUAUC